AUGGAUGAGAGCGUGUUUCCCAACUCGGUCAAGCUAAUCGGGCUCGGGCUUGACAAUCCCAUCGCGGUGUGCACUGAGGAACCAGAGGAGAUACAGGUGCAGGUUGGUGGACCUGAGGCCCAGCCGGAGCUCAGUGUGCAGCAGCCAGAGCUCAGUGGUGCUGCGCAGGAGCCUCAGCUGAGCCACGCGGUGCAGGAGGCUCAGGUCAGUGGUGAUGUUCAAGAGCCUCAGGUCAUGGAGCACCUUCGGAAACAAGGUCCCGUGAUCAACGCCUGGAACUGUUAUGCUCCGGAGGUGGAGGCAGAUGCGCUGGAUUGUGCUGCGGAGAGAGAGCCUUUUGGGGUAUCUGUACUGGUGAUGUCAGAUAUCCUGAUCGUAUUUGUGGUCGGAAAAUUCACAGAUUUCCAAAAUCAGGAGCAGAAUGCCGGGCUUGGAUCAAAGCUUGUGCACGACCACAUGAGCAGCUCAACCUUCGUAGGAUCAACAAGAACAAGGGAGUGUGUGCUGGUCAUUUUGUCGGCGGGGAUGGGCCAACAGCGUCCCAUCCUUAUCCGACACCAGCAGACGGAGCGCGAGUGCAUACAGCUAGGCGCGCACGAAAAAGAGCAUCGGAAAGUGCAAGGAUUUCGCCGCUGGAUAUGCUUG